AUGGGCGGGGUGGAUCACGACGACUGGUUGGCUGGACUUUAUUCCAUUAAAAUUCGUGGAAAAAAGUGGUACUGGCCACUUUUUAUACGUUUGCUGGAUAUGGCUAUGGUAAACGCCUGGAUAAUUCACAAAACUCUGAACAAAAAUGAAGCUCUAAACUUGAAGGAUUUCCGAAGAGCUGUAACAACAGUUUAUCUAAAAGAAACUGUGAUAAGAACAAAAGGUAGACCUAGGAUCUGGACUGUACUUUCUGAUGCAAAAGAAGGCAUCCGUAAAGAUAGUGUUGGACAUUUUUUACUAAAGCGAGAAAAACAGCGUCGUUGGCAAAGAGAGGGCUGGAAAAGAAAAUCAAAAACAUACUGUGGCAAAUGUGACAAAACACUCUGUCAGGCUUGCUUUGAACCUUUCCACCAAGAUUAG